AUGGGGAGCACCAGGGGUCAGCAGUCGGGGGUGGGUGGGUGUAGGCCCUGGAGCUCUGCAGUGCUUCUUCUCUGGCUGCACCUCCUGCCACCUGUGGCCAGUAACUCUACACCCUUGUCAGAGAUAUGUGGCAGGCCUCAGUUUACAGGGAAGAUCUUUGGAGGUAAUGCAGCAAAACCUGGAAGGUGGCCGUGGCAGGCCAGUCUGCUCCUGGGUAACCAACACAUCUGUGGAGCUACCCUCAUCGACAAGAACUGGCUGAUCUCUGCAGCCCACUGCUUCCAGAGGUCCCACAACCCAUCCAGCUACCGAAUCCUGCUGGGCUACAACCAGCUGAGCAAGCCCACAAACUACAGCCUGAUGAUGACCGUGCAUAAGCUCAUUGUCCACGAAGACUAUAACAAAUAUCACCGCAUGUCAAAUGACAUCGUCCUGAUGCAACUGCACCGGCCUGUGGAGUUCAGUUCCCAAGUCCUCCCUGCUUGUCUCCCAGAUGCAGACUUGCAGCUGGAUCCCUUUACUUCCUGCUGGAUAACUGGCUGGGGGAUGCUUACUGAAAACACAUUCCUGCCUCAACCCUUACAACUGCAGGAGGGGGAAAUGAGUCUCAUAGAGCAAAAUCUGUGUGCAGGCCAUUAUGCACUUCCACCUGGUGUCACGGACCCCAAUGCCUACACAGUGCAGGAAGACAUGCUGUGUGCUGCAGAAUUUUCAACACAGAGAUCUAUCUGCAAAGGAGACUCCGGGGGUCCCCUUGUCUGCCCAGUACAAGGAGUCUGGUAUCUGGUAGGAGUGACCAGUUGGAGCUCAGAAUGUUUGAAGCCUGUGGGCCCAAGCGUCUUUGCCAAGGUCUCCUACUUUUCCCCGUGGAUUCAAGAGAAGAAGAGUGCCAAUCCUGAUCCUGACAUCGCCUUGGCCCCUCCUAUAGAAAAGCCCCCAGCCCUGACUACCUUUAAUUCUCAGGACACUAUCAAGCCCCAGGUUUUCAUGGUCCUGCUGUCUUUUCAUAUCUUCCUGUUGUAGCUCAUUUUGCUCAGGAAUAGGUGACGGACCCACAGCAUCCCGAUGUCCAGGCUUCACCACAAGUCCCCUGGCUGAGCUCUGCACUACCCUUCUGUGCUUCUCCCUUUGGGCUUGCCUGUCCAUCUGAGGCCAACUAUGUUCCAGGACUGACAAAAUAAAAGCAA